CUCCCGUUUUUGCCAGUGCAGCUAGCUGCUCCGCUCAACGUGCGCCGAGUGUGACUACAGAUAUCUGUUCAGUGCUUGCAGUGUAUACCGAACAUUAGAGUCCAUGUGCUCUGUAUGGAUGUUGAAACCGUGCAGUGUAGCUUGAAUAGCGGCAAGCAGACAAUAUGUCCAGUACACCCCACGAUCCGUUCUAUUCCUCCCCGUUCGGACCUUUCUACAGAAGGCAUUCGCCGUACAUCGUACAGCCAGAGUAUCGGAUCUACGAGAUGAAUAAACGGCUUCAGUCUCGCACAGAGGAGAGUGACAACCUUUGGUGGGAUGCCUUUUCUACUGAAUUUUUCGAAGAUGAUGCCACACUAACUCUUUCAUUUUGCUUGGAAGAUGGACCAAAGAGAUACACCAUUGGGAGAACCCUCAUCCCCCGCUACUUCAGCACGGUGUUCGAGGGCGGAGUCACCGACCUCUACUACAUCCUCAAGCACUCCAAGGAGUCCUUCCACAACUCCUGCAUCACCAUCGACUGCGACCAGUGCACCAUGGUCACUCAGCACGGGAAGCCAAUGUUUACAAAGGUCUGCACGGAGGGCCGGCUGAUCCUGGAGUUUGCCUUCGAUGACCUCAUGAGGAUCAAGACGUGGCAUUUUACGAUCAGGCAGUACCGAGAGCUGAUCCCACGCAGCAUAUUAGCCAUGCACGCGCAAGACUCGCAGGUCCUGGAGCAGCUGUCGAAAAACAUCACCCGGAUGGGCCUGACGAACUUCACCCUCAACUACCUCAGGCUGUGCGUCAUACUGGAGCCCAUGCAGGAGCUCAUGUCCCGGCACAAAACCUACAACCUGAGCCCGCGGGACUGCCUCAAAACAUGCCUCUUCCAGAAAUGGCAGCGGAUGGUGGCUCCUCCAGCAGGACACCCACAGAACUUCAAAACGGAAAUUUUCACUACAAAUCACAAAAAAGAACCGACGAGACAAACGACGACCAAGAGGAGGAAAAGGAAGAACUCGGCCAGCAGCGCGUCCAACAGCAGCAUGGGCAACAACGCCAACAGCAAGAAGCGUAGCCCCGCCGGGAACUUCAGCCUCUCCAGCCAGGUACCUGACGUGAUGGUGGUCGGGGAGCCGACGCUGAUGGGCGGCGAGUUCGGGGACGAGGACGAGCGGCUCAUCACCCGCCUGGAGAACACGCAGUACGACGCCGCCAACGGCAUCGACGACGAGGACGACUUCAACAACUCCCCGGCGCUGGGCAACAACAGCCCCUGGAGCACCAAGCCGCCCAACAGCCAGGACGCCAAGCCGGAGAGCACGGCGCCCCAGCCGUCGCAGUGAGAACGCCGCCGCGAAACCCGCGCCGGAACCCGCGGGGUCCCCCCCCCCCCUCCCCCUCCCUCCCCCGACCACACACUGUACCCUGUGGGCCCCCACCCACCGCACACUCCGCUCCACGGCAUCAACGCGAUUCUGACAAACCUCAGACAACUCUAACUCACCUCCUUGUAAUAUAAAAAGAAGAUGGUGGCAACGUGCGUAACACCGAUACAUCGUUUUUUUUUUACAUAAAUGUGUACAAAUGCGUGUAGUACAAAAAAAAAAUGAAAAAACAACGGAAUGAAAUGGAAGUACUCUUCUUCUGUACAGACCCCAAGCCAGAGUCUCCCUCGUGUUGACAGGAACCUGGCUGUUUUAGGAAUCGGCCGAACGUCGGAGUCGCAGGCGCUGAAGAACACGACCGGUUCGCUUCGGUUCUUUCAUUGUGCGUUCGGGCCCGAGCUUUACCAUCGACCGUUCACUACGGUGUCAGAUCACUGAACUCCAAAUGAAUCCAGAAACUACAAAAUGUUUCAAGAAAAGACUGACUCGGUGCAGUUGACCCUUGAGCAAAUUUAAAACCGUCAUCAACACGCAUCCCUGGCUUCCCCCAAGGAAUCAUGGGAACUUGCGAGGGCCACUCACACGGUGGCCCCUCUCUUCUCUCGCUACUGAAGUGUGACCUCAUACGGAUCCAGUCGCGCAUGUGUGCGCAGUCAGGCGGAGUUGUGGGAAGCACUGAACCAGCGUCCUGGUUUUAGCAACAGCAAAACGAUUUCAGCAUAUUUGCAUUUUAAUUGAAAAGUGAGCUCAUUUUGGAUGUCUUUUUUUAAUGAAACACAAACUCUUAUCUGUUUAUUCGGUUCUAUGGACUGAUUCAAACAGGAAUGAUAUUGUCAUAUUGUGUUUUCCAAGCACUGCGUUAUGGCUUUUUGCAGAAUGUUACUGCAUACAAAGAUUUACUGUCUUAUUUUGCAUUUAUUUUUAUUGUUAUUUUUUCCAAAAUUAUUGCUUUUUCUUUUCUAUGUAACUAUAAGCUCUUGAAGUACUUGGCUGUCAGACACAUGACCUGUGCAUCUUUACUAAUUUUGUACUUUGAACAGUCCCUCUGUCUGUUGUAUGACUGAUUCCCAAACUGAACAACAGAGAACAAGCCAAAGAACUGGCAUUAAAGUGAAUAACAAUUCAAAAUGAUAUCAUUCAACCAUGGAAUUUAAGCAAGAUUUCAUUGAGCAGUAGAAUUGAAUCAAUUACUUAUUUGAUAAUUAGUGCAUGAUUAUAAGAUAAUAGAACUUUUUUUCUAUGUUUAAUGUUACGAAUCAAGCUCAAAUUAUAUAAGGGCAGCAAGACAGGUUCGCUAAGGGGUGAUAAUUGGUUCAUAAUUCGAAAAUACUAUUUUUGAGCCGAGUAUAUAUGCAAUUAUGGAAAACUGGAAGAUUAGCAGGUUUAGUUCAUUAUGGCCAUAUUGAUAGAAGCAUGUGGAGAUACUUAGUUAAAACCGGUGUCAGAAAAUGUAUUAUCGAGCUUCAUCACUGAGGUACAAUAUGAAUGUUCAUGUGUCAAUUCCUGUCAAACAAACCUUACCACUACCAAUUAGUAUAGCCUUGAUAAUUCCUGUUCUUCCCUCAAAGGUAGGGCCGCCUCCCUGGAGCAGUCAGUUUGUUAAUUAAAAUUAAUUUAAUCACACAAUUGACCUCUGAAUGAGGUUAAUUCCUUUAAUCGAGCACUUUGCUGUUUGUAUUUCAGUAACUGGCUUAGCUGGGUUCUUUCAGUGUGGGCUGACUGCCAUAACAAUUCACAUCACAUCCGUGUGUUCUGGUAUUUUCUUAAUAUAAUUACUCAUAAUUUUGCAGGUCUUCAUAAAGCGUUCAUCCCCGGUCAUCUUCUGCAUUUGUUGGCUUAAAUAUCCAUGGUUGUAUCUUUUGCUUUGCUGUCCUUUUUCAUGAUUUUGUUUUCCUUUUUCCUAACCACUGCUCUAUGUAUGAAUUUUUUCUUAUAUUUUACUAUUGCAUAAAUCAAAAUUUUUGAAUUAUCCAGCUUAAUUAUUUAAAGGUAACAGUAUUAAAAAUAAUUUUUAAGACCACAUAAUUACCAUCCUCACGGUUAUCUGUUUUCGGUGAGAUUUUCCUGUUCUUAAUUAAAAUAGGUUAAAGACAUUAUUAUCGCUCAAUUCCUAGCUAGGAGUGUUGGGUUCCAUUUUAGAAUGGAAAAACUGUUGAACUGGGGAGUUGAUUCAUUGAGGUUCAACAAGGUAUGGUAUGUAAAAUAUAGAGAAUGUGCCAUAUUGUGGCUAUUUUAUAAGCGGUGUUUUUUGGCUUAUCUACCCAGGCCAUUAGAGGUGCAGAAUCAGAGACAUACUACAGCCCACAAACCCCAUCUUAAUUUUGUUUCUUGCCAAAAUAGAACUGGGCUGUACGUUCACCAUGCAGUGUCUCUGCUACAAUCCUGUGAAGUGGUAUGGACACGCGGUUGGCAAGAAAAUACCGCUAAUGAAAUCUGACAAAUGUUUUGUUAACAAUGACAUGAGAACGAUUUAACUUGGCUUCGUCUUGAUUUAACUGCGUUUCUGCUUUCGGUUUUGUUAUUCAGUUUGGGAAACCUGUUGAAGCUCUGUAUAUAAGCCAAUGAAUCAGACAUUUGAAAUCUGUUGAUACCAUUCCUUAGAAUAAAUAGACUCUUGUGUUUUUAUUGUACUUAUCUUGACUGUUUUAUUAGUCCUUAAUCUCUAUUGUCCUAAAUGAAAAGGUAAAAUGUAUAUGGCAAAAUAUAAAAUUCUAAAUAUAAGGAAUUUACUUUUAAAAUGUACCAAAAUAGAUGUUAUAUGUUGCAAAAUAAAGCAGUCAUUGCCACAGUAAUAUAAAAGUUAUGCAUGUAUUGUGGAAUAUUUUACAAUGUAUGUAAAUAAGCUAUAUAUUCAACAAUAUAUGCAUAAAUAUUCUUGGCUACAACUGAUAUAUUUUCUAAUACAUUUGGUAUGUUUUCAUAUGUAUUUGAGGAAAAAUUCCUUGCAUUUUAGAAUUAAUAUUUUAUCACAUGCUACUUUUUCAUUGGGGGUCAUUUACGUCAUGUUAGAUAUUUUUGCUAAAGAAACAAAAAAGAUGACCUCAGCUGUCACUAUUCUCCUUUACCUUUGCGUAUUUAUGUGAGAAUUUGUAAGGAAUCCAACACCUUUUUUGACUUUGUUUGAGUCUCAUAUUAAUACAGUGCAGCACAACUUGUAAAAUAUUAGCAGAUAUGUCUUUGUGUCAUUACUGAUGUAUUUUAUGUAUGCUUUGUCAUUAUGUGUGCCAAUAAAUUGUGCUUACAUGAUU